AACUUCCAAGAUGUUUUUAUAAUACCUUGACCAGUUAAAUGUCAAAAGAUCAAGGGAAAUUUGAUUUCUUAGUUCAUGACCCCUUUAAUUUAUUAUUAUGAGCAGAUUUUAUUCUCGUAUAAGUUAUGGGUUUGGGACGGCGUGAGGGUGAAUAUAUAAUGACAGAAGCAUCAUGCGUGUGAAAUCUCGUGGUGUUUUUGUGCAGCUAUCCUGAAAACAUGCUACCAGACGCCGAGGAUGUCGAACCCAAAACCAUGAGCAUCGGGAUCAAUAACGUCUUUGAAGUCGGCUGCGUGUCUCAGGCCUUGAAAAUCGGGGACAACAAUGUGAUUGAGUCCAAAGCUGAGGUCGGGAGGAAUGUGAUUUUGACCAGCGGGUGUAUCGUGGGAGCGUGUUGUGCGGUGAACACCUGUGAAGUGAUUCCAGAAAACACCGUGAUCUACGGCUCCGAGUGUUUGAGACGCGUGCAGACCGAGAGACCGCAGCCUCAAACGCUGCAGCUGGACUUCCUGAUGAAGAUCCUGCCCAAUUACCAUCAUCUGAAGAAGACCGUGAAAGCAAGCUCCACUCCGGCGAGAAGCUGAAAGCAGCGCAGCCGAGGAUCUCAGAUGUAACGUGAUCAUGAGCACAGAUCUGGUUCUGCUUACAGUGCGUUUCCUUUGGUCGCUGCAUGC